AUGAAUGAGUCCGACAAGGUUGAUCAUUACGUAAACCUUCUAAGACAACUUUUAAAUGAUACUCCGAAUAGAUCAAAUGUUGCUGAAAUUCUGGUCUUGCAGAAUGCCAUCCAAAAAUUGGCACAGGAGCUACUGAACAAUGAUGUAAAGGAAGCUUUGAGCCGGGAUUCAUCUAUAUGGCUUUUGUGCCAUUACUCAAUUUUCCAGCACUACAAGUGCUUACUGCAAGGCUGCACGUCGUUUCCCGUGUUACGAAAAAAUAUCCGACGGAAUUAUGAGAAAUGUUUAAAGUCGGCAACGAAGUUUUACCAGCUGUUCAUCCAGACACUCAUUAAGCAGUUCGACCUAUUCAUAGAUGUUUCCUGGUUACAUGAACGGUUUCUGAAACAGUUACGGUUACGUACAGAUCCUGAAAUUUACUCUUCUCUUUUUGAAGAGACUGAUAAAGAACAUGUCCUUAAUUGUGUGUAUCGCUGCCUUAUAUGUCUUGGUGACACGGCCCGUUACUUCGUAAUGUGUAGUCACAAAGACAGCACAUUCAGACAGGCACUUCGUUCCUAUUUCAUGGCACAUCUCCUUUUCCCGGAGAACGGCUACCAUAAAAACCAAAUGGCCAUUCUGUACACUUACCAAAACAAUGACCUCGAGACACUAUAUUGGCUUGCUUGUUCCUCAAGCUCUUUUGUUCCUAUGAGCGGUGCACAAUCAAACCUUACUAAAAAGCUCUCUUCAAUGCAGAAGAAAUUAAAGCAGAUGCAGAAAGUAAACUUUUCGCGCAUAGUAGCAUUACUCUUUUUAUUGUGCAGAAGCAAUUUUGCCGCCCUUCAGCAGAGCAUUUACGAGAGUGCCGCAUUUUGUCAUAUCAAACAAAACGAAAACUUCACAUCUCGUGAACUGUUCAUGUUCACUACUCUAGUCGUGUGUCUGCAUCAUUUAAAGUUCUUUCCCUGGGAUGGGUUCAUUACUCGAUACCUCAAAUGGCUUAUCUCAGAGUCUAUAAAUGUUUUUGAUAUGGUCCUUAAAGAAGUGGCUCCUUUGAAAUUUGUGAAAAUCGUUGCGCCGGCUUUGUAUGCCGCACUACGGUACGUCUCAAGUUUAGGUGUAAUGGACACAUUUUUAGACAAGUCUACUUUCCACUCGUUGUUUUCGCGAAUAUCAAAACUUGUAAAGCUAUUUGAUACCGGACUGGAGCUCAUUUCAUUGACGAGAGAGGAUUCGAGACUGCGGGUUUGGUAUUUUACAACGAUAAUUCCAAAAUCGAACUGCCGUUUGCCCAACUCAAAACAAAUACCUCUAACAGAUUUUUCACAUUUGAGGUACUAUCGUCCAUCCCUCACCCUUUUGUUGAAAUACAACGAACAUUAA